CGUUGCGCCAGGACUUUUUUUCUUCAUUUCAUUUGAUACAAAUAUAAUAAUUGUAUUUUUACAACAACAAAGACAAUAAGAACAACUACAACAGCAGCAGCAAAAGAACGAAAAGUACUUUUAUACUCUUUUGCCUUCUUCUUAUAAAAUACAAAACUACGACGUCAACUAACAAAAAAAAGCAUUUUUUUUAUUAUUGUAUUUGCUCAUGUUGUUGUUGUUGCUGUAGUUGUUUUUAUUUUAGUUGGUAUUUGGGUUUGUUGUAUUCUUGUACUUCUACUUAGUAUUAUACAUUUUUUUGGAUAUACUUAACUUUACUUGAAAACUUAUACACAACAGACGACCGACCGUUUUUCGAACGACGUCAAAAAAUAUAACAUCGACGACUACAACCUCGACUACGAGACAAAGUAUUCAAAAAUUUUUAUUGUAUAUUUUUUGAGUAUAUCGCAAAAGAAAAAAAAGUAAACGAGAAAUAAUAAUAAUAAAAAAACGAAAAAAAUACAACAAAAUAUCACUAUUUGACUCGAUUUCUUGUGUCUAUAAUUUUUAUAUAUAUAAUUCAAUUUUUUUUAUCUGCUUCUACUGUUCUUUAAUAUUUUUUUUAUAUUGGUGUGCGUACUUUUCAAUGUUUCUGUGUAUCUUCUACUUCAUUGUACAAUUUUCGUCGUCGUUUUCAUCGUCAUCAGCAGGAAUAAAAAUUUUAUGCUGGUAAAAAAAUAAGAGCUUUUUUAUAUAAAAAAUAUAUAAUCAAAUAAAAUGUAAAACCUUAAAAAAAUAAAAUAAAAAUGAUUUUAAGGAGCUCAUAAAAGUAAAAAAUGCAAAAGUAAAAUACAAAAAGAAUAAAAAAACGUAAAACAUAAGCAAAGAAAGCAAGGAGCAAGCAGCAGUUUUAUGGCCAUAAAGGAUAAUUUUGCAUCUAACGAAUCUCAGUACAGCACGAAAAAACGGUUAAAACUCUACAAACGUCAGGCCAGCGUCAGUAACGAACCGAAAGCAAUAGAAUCUGUAAAUAAAAUCGUUAAAAGUUCACAAUAAAUAACAAACAGAAAAAAAAAUUGCAAAAAAAAUAAAUUUACAUAAAUAAAAAUUUAAAAUUAAUCAAUAAAUUCCCCCAAAAAAAAGUUACAAAAAUCCUUUUUUAAAUAGCAAAUAAUAUAAAAAAAUUAUUGCCAAAAAGAAGUGCGUGCGUUCCGUGUAAAUAAACAUUUAAUGUCCGUUUUUAAACAGCAACAUUCAUAUAUUGUUCAAAUCAAGCAGGCCUGGGAGUGCGUAAAACACGCGUGAGUGUAAGUGCGUAUAUAUAUGUGUGUGUGUGUGUAUACAUAUGAGCUAUACAUACCCAUGUCUGCAUUACUAUUUGUGUAUGUGUAAUGAGCCAUUAAAGUGCAAUAAUUUAUAGUCAAAACCCUCCCCUUUACUUUAAAAACAAAAAAGUUUUUAAUUUCAAAAUAUAAGAAAAAUAUGCAAAAAAAAGCAUUUAAAAUUUUGUUAAAAAAAUUAUAAAUAAAUAAAUGUCUCAAAAAUAAUGGUGCUAAUUUUAUGGUGCAUUUAAACAAAUUUAAAAUAAAAAAAAUAAAAAAAAUAAUCAACAAAAUUCAAAAGCCGUCGGUAAUUUGUAAGCUUUUUGCAUUGCAAAUUAUUGAAUUUUAUUUUUCACUCAAUUUUUGUUUUGCAUAAAAGUUGUUGUUUAACAAAUGGAUACCUGUCUCACUUUAGGAAACAGAUUUUUCAGAAAUAUUUAAAAACCAAACUUGACAUCAACGUCCUAAAAGCAUGCUGCUUUCCAUCGCUUAGAAAAUGUGUUCAAUUUUUCGCAAUCGUAUUAAUUACCGUGGAACACCUAGCAGCAACUCUCCGGGUAGUCCACCAAUAUUAACCAAAGAUUUAGAAGCCGACAGUAAUAAUAACGAUAAUGACAACAACAACAUAAUGUCUAGAAAAACUGAAAGUCCACAAGAAACCAGAGAAAGCAAUAGCAAAUCACCAGCAGUAGAGCAUUCAAAUAAUAAUGAUGGUGUUGAAGAGCAUGCAGAUGAUAUCGAAGAGGGUGAAAGAAUGGAUCCUAAAGAGGAUGAUGAAAUGGAUAGCGAUUUAACGAUAGAAAAACAACAUAAAGAUGAAGCUCUGGAUUUAUCUGUGUUGCCACCAAAUGGUUUACCCAUCAAGGGUCAUGUCUCCUUGGAAGCUUUACAGCACACCAAAGUAGCAGUAGCUCAAUUUGCCGCAUCAGCUUUAGCCCAGACACCCUAUUUUGGUGAGGGAUCCAAUGAUUUGACAACCAUAUUAAAUGUACAACGUCAGCAUUUAAUGCAGUUGCAAUUUAUACAGCAUUUACAAAGUCAAUUAAAAAGAAGAGAUCAGGUGAGAGAAUGCAGUGAAGAUGAUGAGGGUCACGAAGAGGACGAAGAACAAGAGAGAGAAGAUAUUGGAGAUGACAUGGAUGAAGAGGCGGAUGAAGAAGGCCUCAAUGAAGACUAUCUACAGCAGGAAGAAUUAGAUUUAAGUCAAAGUAAAACUGGACUAAGAGAAAAUAAAGAGGACGAAAAGAAGAAUGGUUUAGAGUCUAAUACAUUUUUAAGAGCAGAGAAACUAAAGACUGAUGAUAACGUUUUAAGUAAAAGUUCCAAAGAAUCAGUGGAUAAAGUGCAAUCACCAAACUAUCAGCCCCUAUUAAGUGGCAUCAGUUCUUCAUUAGCUUCUACCAUAAUAACCAAUCAUGAUCCCAUACCCCCGCCUCACGAGCCCAAUUGUUUGGAAAUGUUGCAGAGACGUACCGAAGAAGUAUUGGAUUCGGCUUCUCAAAGUCUACAUGCCUCUCAAAUGCAGGAGGAAUAUGAGUAUAUACAAAAAGAUGGCCAGGGACGUGGAGAGAUAUUUAAACAUCGUUGUAAAUAUUGUGGGAAAAUAUUUGGUUCAUUUUCAGCCCUGCAAAUACAUUUAAGAUCGCAUACAGGUGAAAGACCCUUUGUAUGCAAUGUAUGUGGUAGUAAAUUUACUACCAAAGGUAACCUAAAGGUUCAUUAUCAAAGACAUACCCAAAUAUACCCGCCCAUUUUAAUGCCUCCCGGUGUAGGGCCACCUUUAGAAAUGCCACCAUCUAUGAGAGAGCCUCUGGGGCCACAAGCUCAUCAUCAGCAUGCUCAUCAUCAAGCAACACCUCUGCCACCUCCUCCUUCCUCAGCUUCAGCUAUGAGUAGUUUGAAUAACAUGCCCUUGCGUUUGCCCUUUAAUGAAAAGCCUUUAACAAAAGAAACAGAAGAUGAGAAUGAAAUUCCUAUCAAUACCAAAGAAUGUGAAAUUAGUAUAGAAGACCAUGAAAAUGAGAUAACUGUAGAAGUCUCAAAACCUAUAGAAGAACAUCCUGAAGAUUUGAGUAAACCACAAACAAAAGACGAAGUACCAAAACCCAAACCAUUGGUUAGGGUUAAAACUCCACAAGCUUUAAUGGAACCAGCAGUAGAAUUGCCUAAUGAGAAGCCUGAAAGACCGGCUACAUCAGUAACCCCUAAACGUUCUACUUCCCAAAGAAAACGUAGCUCUACGGCUGGCACCCCACCGCAGGAACUGAGAAAGAUUUGCAUGGAUAGUGAUAUACCAGAACAUCAUUUAUCAAAACUUUAUAGAAGAUCAUCCCUAAGUCGCAAUAGCAGCAUGGAACAUUUGUCGGGAGACUUUUGUCAAGUUGAGCAGUUUGUUGAUAAAUCGUGGGAGGAUCUGAUAGAAAUUGAUACCACAUCAGAGACUUCGAAACUGCAGCAGUUGGUUGAUAAUAUCGAGAACAAGUUAACAGAUCCUAAUCAAUGUAUAUUUUGUCAAAAAGUCAUGUCUUGUCGUAGUUCCCUACAAAUGCACAUACGCACUCAUACAGGUGAGAGACCGUUUAGAUGUAAAAUCUGUGGUCGGGCUUUUGCUACGAAGGGAAAUUUGAAAGCUCAUAUGAGUAUACAUAAGAUAAAGCCUCCAAUGCGUUCUCAAUUUAAAUGUCCAGUAUGCCAUCAAAAAUUCUCCAAUGGUAUCAUAUUGCAACAACACAUACGUAUACAUACCAUAGAUGAUGGCUCGGGUGGUUGUGGUUCCCAGUUGCCUGGACAAUCCAGUGAAAUGGCCGCUGCCAUAGCUGAACACAAUAAUAGAAUGCGUGCUCACAUGGAGGCAGCCAUAUUGGAGGAUCAAAAUUCCAAUAAAUCAUUAGGAGCUUCAGAAAAUUUUGACUUUUCAACCACCUCCGAAUAUUCGGGACAAAGAUCAGAAUCAUCACAAGGAGAUUUUGAUGAGUACAUGACCAUGGAGAGUACUGAUGAUUCGAGAGAGAAUUCAACUUCGGUAACGCCUUUGGAAAAGAGAAUUUCCGAAGAUGGUGAAGAUAAAGUAGAACAAGAUAUAGAACGAUCAGAAUCAGUGCGUUCUGAGGCAAUAGAUCUGACAGCACGCAAUGGUUCGCAACAGACGCAUAAAGCUUUAGAACACUUACCCCAUUUAAUGGGUAUGCCUCAUAAUCUUUGGUUAAUGGCGGCUGCCAGAGAGGAAAUACAAAAUUUAGGAAAUCAUGGUAAAUUUCCAUUGUUACCAUUUGGACCUCUAGGAUUUAUGGGUUUACCACCUCAAGCCCAUAUCUGCCAAUUGUGCUUUAAAUUAUUUCCGAGUCCCUCGGCAUUGGAGACACAUUUUCAAAAUGAUCAUACCAAAGAUGCUGCUGCUGCUACUGCUGAUGUUGCAGCUGCAGUACCAACAUCAUCGUCAUCAUCAAUAUCAUUGGCUACCAACACUUCGACAACGACUACAUCUGCUACAACUGCUAAUGAUGGCAGUGCUACAGAUUCCUUGGCAAUUGAGAAUUUCGAUAAAAAUUGUGAUACAAUAGCGGAGACCUCGGGUUCAAUAGCCUUUAAUAAUAAGCUUUCUUUGAAUCCAAAUUUAUUUCAUAAAUUUCAAACACCCUCCGAGGAAGAUCAGAAUUCCCGCAAAACUCCAUUUGAGCGCAGAAGCAGUAAUAGCAAUGAAGAUUGUCGUGAACAGCAAAGUAAACGGCUAGAUUUGGAACCACUUAAGAACCACAUCAAAUCUGAACCUUUUAUGGAUGGCGAAGAAGCAACUGCUAAAUCUCCCCAAAUGAUAGACGACAUAGACGAUGAGGAUGAUGUAUUUCGUAAUUCCUCAACACCUCCAUCGAUAUAUGCACCCCAUUCGUCUCUGUUAAGUCACUCUCAAGCGGAUAAUUCAGAACAUUCUCUGAUGAAAAUGCAAAUGCUAACAACAAUUCCUCAUCAAUUUUCGACCUCCCAUCCUGCGAUGCCUCCCCACAUAGAAGCUCAUCGUUUUCCAGCCACCCCACUCGAUUUUCAACAGGCCCUGAUGUCAGUAGGACCUCCAACAUCUAGCCUCGAUCCUCCUGUCAAUAAUAAACAUUUCUGUCACAUAUGUCGUCGUAAUUUUAGCUCCAGUUCAGCGCUGCAGAUACACAUGCGCACACAUACGGGUGAUAAACCGUUUCAGUGUAAUGUUUGCCAGAAAGCUUUUACCACCAAAGGAAACUUAAAGGUUCAUAUGGGCACUCAUAUGUGGUCGAAUCCCACCUCCCGUAGGGGCCGACGAAUGUCUUUGGAAUUGCCUAUUCAUAGACCUGGUGGAAGUUUGGCAUCAGAUUCUGAUUUUUUACCCAGACGGCCGGAUAUAUUUUUUCCAUAUUUACCGCCAUUUUUCAAUGGCUUGCCACCAAAGCCUGGCGAUUUAAAUUCAACGCCACCAUUUCCACCCCACAUAACGCCUCAACAUUUAGCCAAUGGCUCUGCCGGACCUCCCAAAUACCCACCAGGUUUACCCAUGGGAUUUCCACCAUUUCUACAACCUCCCUACAGCUUUAAUCCAAUGCUAAAUCAAUCAUCAACGACCUCUUCAUCAUUAGAACGACAAACGAAUGCAAAAACUCCUCUCAGUACAGAGCGAGAGGAAGACGAACCAAAGAAUACAACACAUUCAUCGCCUAAACAUCACCAACACAGCACACAUAUGACAGCUGACAAAGCAGAUUCCCCACCGAUUCCAUCGGCCUGGAAUCCCAUGUUAAAAAUUAAAACUGAAAACAAUCAAAAUGAUAUUAAUCAUCUUGUAGAUCAUAAUGCAGAGUGUAGUAAUCAAGAUUAGUUUAGAAAUGAUUAAAUUAAUUAAUUAACAAUUAAUUUAAAAAUAAUUAUACAUAAAAAAAACUUAAACAAAUAAGUAGUAACGAAUCAAAUUGAAAACGAUAUUUGUGUAAGAAGACAGACAGACAGAUUAUAUAGUAACAGUAAAGGUAAAAAAUAUUAUAUAAAUAAUAAUAAAAAAAUAUGAUUGAAAAUCAUGGUUUUUAAGGAGUACAUAUCUUAAAGCAUAAUUUAAAAAAAAAACUUAUUAUACGUUAGGCUUAAAAUAUUAUCUAAAUAUAAAAAUUCAUUAUUUCAAAACACUAAAAAAAUUUGAAAAAAAGGUGUCUGCAUUCUUAAAGCAUUUAAAAAAAUGCAUUAUUUUAUUUAUUUUCUCUGAAAAGAAAUUAAUUUUUAAUUAUUUAUUUAAAAUUUUGUAGCUUUUAAGCUGUAAAAAGUUCAAGUAGUUUGUAAAAUAUCCCAUCAAAAAGGAUCCCUUUUGAUUUCUUAAAUAAUAAAUAUAAUAAACAGUUGUAGUUAUAUAUUUAUUAUAUAAUUAAUAUAAAUAUUAUUAUAUGGCUCUAAAUUAUUAUAAUUUAAAUGAAAAAAAUAUGAAUAUUAUAACGAUACGAUGAUAUAAAUAGUGAACUGUGGUAGUUGCAUAUAAAAUUAAAAUUAAAAAGAAAAAUACUAAAAAUAAAGAAAUAUAAUUAUUUGAAAUA